UGGGUCAUACCAUCGCCUCCGAUCGUUGCCUUGGUCACGCUAUUUUUUCCGUGAACAGUGGACCCAAUAAUCGCUGUUGUCGGUUUGGAGGCAAGUCUCGUUAUUACGCGUUCGUGAUGAGCGUAGUAUCGUCUGCUUGAUGUAGCAGUCGUCGUAUGUGGAAAUUGGUAUACGCGGUCAUUUUUUAUUAACAAACAAACAUGGAGACGUUUAUAGUUUCAUCUCAAACACACGCUUUGAUGGUUUGUGAAUACAACUGGGUUUUAUUAGUGGACUCGACUAAACAGGGAAGGAAUUAGGUUUGUGUUCCUGGCUGGAUGAUUACAGCGUGUUGGAUAGAAUUGGAUAGUGUUUCUACAUUGGUGACUGCUCUGCUGUUGUGAGACAUGCGACUCUACGUAUUCUAGGCACGGCAUUGACGCUGAGAUUGAUUGUCUGACACCACGCCGUGUCAACGAGCCGUUCCACCCAUCGGGGGUCUCCAUCACGUCCCGGUGAUUAAUCAUACCCUCGUUAGAUGGGCGUCGAAACGAACACAUCAAGAUGAUCAAAAAUGUGUUAUGGAGAAGCCAGUCUAUCAAAUAAUUUCUCUGAUCUGAACUCAAUCAGUGAAGCUGAAUUCUCUACGUCAAUGAAUGUUUUCACUUGAUAGGUGCUUUCAGACUUGGAUCCCCCUACCUGCCACGCAGCAAACUAGCUAGCUUUUACCCGCACCAACAACCGUCGUCCCUAGCGGUUAGUCCGAUCGGAGCGGUUGCUAAGGUCCCCAGCGCUUGCAGUUUUUUAAUUGCAAUUAGCAGUUCGGUGUGAGUCGCUUGGGACUAGAAUUAGACGGCCAGCCUGUUCAACAGGGACCACACGAAAGUGUAGUCGCUUAAUGAGGGAAAACAUUGAGAGAUAAACGCACGAGUGGGAAUAUUUCUGAAGUAAAAAAAAACAAAAAAAAAACGUUUCUUUAUUGUUAGUGAAAUUCGAAUCUUAGCUUUACGUCGAUUGUGCUACAUCAGGAAUUGAUACACAUCAAUAUUAAACGUGAAAACUAAAAUAAUGUAGUUGGAGAAACGUAAUUUUCAACCCUAAUUUGUACUUGACACGUACACCUGGUGUCUGCCACUGCAUCUGAUGGUUUGAAAACUUGACUUUUUGUUUACAGAAAGAAAUUUGCUCAUUUUGCAAUAACCAGGAAUAUUUAUUGUUUCCAAAGACGAGCAUGCUCAAGAAAAUCAAACCUGUUGAUGCAUCAGUUAUCGACUCUUGAAAAAAAACUCAAUGUAAAUUGAAUUGAUAGAGCCGUAGCGAUAGUGCCGCGUGUACCUCUAUUGAUUUGUGAUCACUCCACUACAGAACAUCACUCAGCAUUACAUACAAAGUCGAGCUCAGGUGAGUGAGAAAACUACAACAGUGGCUUGACUGCCUGCAUCACCGGAGAAAGUGUUCGCGCCACUCUCCUUUUUACACUUCAAUAUGAUGGCUCUAAAACAUUGAACUGUGUUUAGAUACAACGCAAGAAAUGUGUUUGCACCACUCUCGUCUACAACCCACGAUGUUCGCUAUAAAACAUUGAUUCAGAGUGAGGAUUCACCGCGAACUGAGCGUCACCAUGAAAGGCAAAAGCUCGUACGGGAGAGACACCCCAAUCAUGUCGCGGGAGCUAGAGUCCGGACCUGACCUAGAAAUGAGAACCACAGACGUGGAAUUCGCCAAGAUGAAGAGGAACCAGCGACGGAAAAGUAAAACCUCAGCGUUCAAUGCCGCGUACCAGAGAUGCUUACCAAAAUGUUGCCAGUACCAGUUUAAAUCCACCUCAAUGGAGACAACAUAUCAGACUUAUUUCACCAGGCAGAGGCGGGACGCCUUGCCUGUUUUAGCGGGGUUUGCUCUGCUGUUUGACGUCGUGGUCAUCGCCAUGUACGCCUAUAAGAACAUAACAGAAGCCAUGGCGAUUAUGGUGAUAACGGCCAUCGCCAACGUGAUGAUAUUCGCACUCUGCCAGUACAGACUCAUCUCAGAUUGGACCCUUGUCCACAUCAUGCCCUAUGUGGUCUGGAUUGUCCUAACGGCUCAGUGCAUAGUGGACACUAUUUUGUACUAUGAUCCGCUCUCCCCUAGCGAUGGGGUGGGGUGGCAGGUUUUCUUUAUAUUUGCUUCGUUCGUCAUGCUGCCGGUGAGGCUUCGCAUUAUACUGUUCCUUAGUAUCGUCAAUGUUACUGUCAAUUGUGUCAUCGUGAUUCUACGUUCUAAAAUUCACACCGAAACCCUCGCCUUACAGCUUGCUGCGAACUUAUUGCUCUACGCAUGCUCCAUGCUCAUCGGAUGUAUCUUGUUUUUAAUGGCGGAUAGGAAGCAGAGAAAGGCAUUCAUUGAAACCAAAGCCGCCUUAGAAAUCAAACUGACUCUACAGGAACAGAGCACACAACAGGAAGAGUUGCUUCUCUCGGUGCUACCUAAGCACGUAGCAGAUGAUAUGAUGAAGGACAUUGGUACGGUCAAUAAAGGACAAUUCAACAGGAUUUACAUCAAGAGACACGAGAAUGUCAGUAUUCUCUUUGCUGAUAUAGUUGGAUUCACGGCUAUGUCUUCAAAGAUGUCAGCCAAGGAGCUGGUUAAGACGCUGAAUGCCUUGUUUGCAAACUUCGACAAGUUAGCCGAGAAGCACCACCAGUUACGGAUCAAGAUUCUUGGCGAUUGUUACUACUGCAUAUGCGGAGUGCCAGAACAGCGAGCUGAUCACGCUGCUUGCUGCGUACAGAUGGGUCUAGAUAUGGUGGUUGCAAUAGCGGCUGUUAGGGAGAAGACACAGUCUGGCGUGGAUAUGCGAGUCGGGAUCCACACCGGAGCCGUACUAGCCGGGGUCAUGGGUCAGCAGAGAUGGCAGUUUGAUGUUUGGAGCACUGCGGUUGUGCUGGCGAAUAACAUGGAAUCUGGCGGCAUACCGGGCCGUGUACAUAUCUCCCAGGACACAUAUCAAUGUCUGAGCGGUGAAUUUGAUAUAGAGCCCGGUGAGGGAGAAACACGUAAUGACUAUAUAAAGGACAGAGGGAUCAAGACCUAUCUGAUUAAAGUCAACAAGGACGUUGCCCAGAAAUCCGCAGCCUUCAAUUCCAUUCUCCUAUCCGACGAUUGUUCUACGACUAAAAAAUCCACAACUGACAACGGAGACGAAAAGGAGGACAAUGUCAAUGGUAAGGCUGUGAAAUUUGAGGACAACAACCAUGAAGAAACGACAGAGGAAGGCAUUACUCAUCGGAAACUAUACGAAGCCAUCAUUGAGAGAGAAAACGAUGCAGCCAACGCAAGUGGCAUGCAGCGUUUGACUCUCCGGUUUCGAGACAAGACACUCGAAGACACUUUCCACCGGGAGAAGGAGCGCCAGAGCCCGGUAGGCAUCUGGUGCGCUGUGCUGGUCAUGUUCUUUAGUUUCUGCGUACAGCUAGCUGUUCUACCGAGAACAUCCGUAAGUGUCAUCACCUUCAGUGUGGGCAUCUUUCUCCUCGUACUCAUCGCAGGCGUUUCAAUGGCAACUAACUUCCAAAACCGCUACCCGGAUUCGAUGAUCCGGUUCGCCAGCUGGAUGGAGACCACGUACCUUGCGAGGACGCUGAUGGUCACGUGUGUUGUGUUAAUCGUUGCGUCAUCGGACGUCGUAGACAUGGCAAUGUGUGAACUUCCAACAGCAAAUAUCACCACGCCCGAUGCACAGGACCCGACUUGUAUAUAUAUUCGCUACUACACAUACACAGGAAUACUGGCAUUGGUUGCUAUAACCGUCAUGGUGCAAGUGACACAGUUCAUCAAGAUGUUGUUAAUCAUGACAAUUGGCUUGGUCUACACGUUAAUGAAUCUCUUCUUUUACCAGGAUAUUUUUGUUACGUAUGACUUCUAUCAAACAGAAAAAACAGAGAGUAUUGCAUUAGCAGCCGGUCAGGCAGAUCCAAUGCCUCGGAUAGCAAGUCGAUAUAUCAUCAGUUAUCAGCUUCUAGCGGCUGGGGCUGCACUCAUUUUCUACAACAGAUUCUUGGAAAGUACAAACAGACUUUUGUUUUAUUGGAAGCAUGAAGCGAGGAAACAAAAGGAGGAAGUUGGCAAAUUACGAAUUCGGAAUGAGGCACUGGUGUUGAACAUCAUGCCCGCCCAUGUUGCGAAGCACUUCUUACAGAGCAAACGGAAGGACGAGGACUUGUACGCUCAGGAUUAUCCGGAAGUUGGCGUCAUGUUCGCGUCGAUCCCAAACUUCUCUGAUUUCUACAGCGAGGAUGCGAUUAACAACCAAGGAACUGAAUGUCUACGGUUCCUCAAUGAAAUCAUCAGUGAUUUUGACACACUAUUAAAAGCCGUGCGGUUUCGAAGCAUCUGUAAGAUCAAGACGAUAAGUAGCACAUACAUGGCAUCAUCGGGUAUGGUAGCAGAGCCAGAGAAGAUUAUCUACGAAGGGGAACAAGAAAGAUGGCAACACCUCGCUGACCUGGUAGAGUUUGGGUUCGCUCUCAGGGACACACUGGAGACCAUCAACCAACAGUCAUUCAACCACUUCAUCAUGAAAAUAGGUAUCAAUCAUGGCCCAGUGCUUGCUGGAGUUAUCGGUGCAAGGAAACCACAUUAUGAUAUCUGGGGUAAUACAGUCAACGUGGCAAGCCGUAUGGAAAGCACAGGCAAGCCAGGAAACAUACAGGUUAUUGAAGAAACGAUGAAAGUACUGAAGAGAUUUGGAUUUAAGUUUCAACAGCGAGGCUACGUCAAAGUCAAAGGGAAGGGUGACCUAUUGACCUUUUACCUCAUUGGGAAACAUGAGAAAGAUGACGUACUGCCAAAUAUGGUCAUAUAAAAACGUUUAUGUUAACCUCUUUUCCACGGUCAAUGAACUAUCGACCCCUCACUAGCGCCACACCGUAGACCUGAAAGGCACCGGCUGUGAUAUCGAGUACCUAGGAAGCAAGGUUGAUAUUCUGUAAACAUUCCAAUAGAGUACUAUUUAUGACGUCAUGUUUGGGAGAUGAGUUAAACGAGAUGCUUUUAGUUUGUUUUAUAUUGCGAAAGUUGCAAAGUGUGCGAUUGAGAAUUAUCAUGGCGUAUUUUAAUUGUUUUUGUCUAGAUACUACAAUACAAGGGCGUCAGUGUUUUGUCUUUUGUAUUAUAGGUAUUUUAUUGUACAGAACAAGUUUAAAUUAUUUGUUGUAAGGGCUCGUGCAAGUUAACUGUCCUUGAAACCCCUUAAAUGUGCCGAUACAAAAGUGUUAACAAAACGAAGGAAUUACAACUACUUUUUAAGCUUUAACGUCAAUAUUAUGAUUAUUAUUAUUAUUUUACUUUAUUUUGUUAUCCAAGCCGCAAACCUUUGUUAGCAAGAGUACAGGCAGCCUUGAUAUUCAUGCGAAUAACUGGCAAUAUACCAGACAACUUAUAGGUUUAACGCAGGAUUGUUAAAGAUGAAAACAACAUUGUUAAUUAUUUUUACUCUGGAAGCUUGUUGAUUUUAUGAAGUUUAUAUUAGAAAUUAUAUUCAUUAAAUUACUAGGUUUGGACUUUAACCUGUCACCUUCGGAUUUACGUCAGUUUGUAGAGUGCCGGCAUGUUAAUCCAGACGUCACAGGUUUCAAGUCUCGCUCAAGUACAUUUGUCUUUAGUCAACCUGAAUUUGUGUAGAUGUU